GCAAAUGCAGCCGAUUUUAUCAAACGACUUCCGGACGGAUACGGUACUCGCGUUGGAGAGCGUGGUGUACAACUAAGCGGUGGACAAAAACAGCGAAUUGCCAUUGCUCGUGCAAUCAUUAAAAACCCGCGUAUACUUCUGCUCGAUGAGGCCACUAGUGCCCUGGACACCGAGGCGGAGUCUAUUGUUCAGGAAGCUUUGGAGAAAGCUCAAAAGGGUCGAACGACAGUCAUCGUUGCCCAUCGUUUGUCUACAAUCAGAAAUGUGGACCAGAUCUUCGUUUUCAAGAAUGGAGAGAUUGUUGAGCAAGGCACGCAUGCUGAACUGAUGAACAAAAAAGGAGCGUUCUUUGAAAUGACACAGGCUCAGGUCCUUAGACAAGAGAAGGAGGAAGAGGUCCCAGAAAAUAAAGCACUCGCUGAGAAUAGCCAAGAAACGCCUAGUCGUGUGCCCAAGGUUACUAUUUCGAUUCCUAGCGAAGAACGAACCAAGCCUUCCAGCCCGUCGGAUAGUGAUGCCGAGUCGGAUGUUCUGUCUCCAGACCUCAGCUUGAGUCGCUUCGACACACUGCGGUCACGGAAAGCAUCCACAAGAAGUGCAGUCUCUAUCGUCACCAGCGUUCGGAGUAUGCAGCUUGACAUGGAGGAUCUCCGUGCCAAACCGACCCCGAUGUCAAAACUGUUCUACUUUCAACAGAGACAAAUGGGGAUUUUUCGCUUGGGACUCAUCGCUUGUAUCGUUACUGGUACUGUCACACCGGUAUUUGCUGUUUUGUACGCACAGAUCAUACAGGUAUACUCGGAACCUGUGGAUCAGAUGAAAAGCGAUGUGAUGUUCUGGUGUGGUGCAUUCAUUGUUAUUGGUAUCGUACAUGCGUCUGCGUUCUUCUUCUCGGCGUUCAAGAAUCUUCUCCGACAAGAUGUGGGAUUCUACGACGACAUUCGACACGGGACCGGCAAACUUUGCACGCGUUUCGCGACAGAUGCACCGAAUGUCCGAUAUGUAUUCACUCGUCUUCCGGGCGUGAUCUCAUCAGCAGUGACCAUUGUUGGAGCGUUGGUCAUUGGGUUCGUUUUCGGAUGGCAGUUGGCUUUGAUUCUCAUUGUCAUGGUGCCACUAAUUAUUGGCAGUGGAUACUUCGAAAUGCAAAUGCAG